CCCUAUUAUUUCCUAGUCGUGACACCACCAAAUCAAUCCGGUCUACGGCCCUGCUCAUCACGAAUUUAUUUUUCACAUUACUCACUUACUAGCAGCUUUUAACUGUCACCUCCAGGACCGGACGCAUUUGCGCUCUCACUCAGUCAGGUUUAUCAACGAACUUACACCCUGAUUCACGUACUUUGAUUACCUAGGUAGUCUUGUGCGAAUAAGUCCACUCGUGACAGAUCAGGAUUAUCAAAGCCUUCCAGACCAGCAAACAGGAUGGUCAACGGGCUAGAGAAAUUGGAGAGGUUUUUUGGUAACUCAAGGAGGAGAGAUAAGGAGAAAGCGACGAGAACUAGAGACGUUUCAAUUGUCUCGACCCCAACUCAAUCCCCCAAUGGCCCUCAUUUUCCUUCGCCCUCUUUCAUGCACCCAACGUCAACGCACAUGAAACCUCGAGAAGAGCCAGUACCAUGGUCUAGAUUAAUGAAAGAGCGCUCCCAGAGCCUACCCGAUCCACCUGGCAGCCUAAAAAGACGGUCUUCAAUCAGCAUCAUCUCGAAUCACCGGCACCACCCCAGCGACCCUAUCCGGCUUAUAUCGCUACUAGUCGAAGAUGAGGAUACAACUGACAUGGAGAUGCUGUCCCGUUUUAAAUUUCCAGAUAGCCAUCCCACGAACGAACAUACGGACGUUUCUUCUAUAGGUGACACAGGCGACAGAUUAUCACGCGAACAUAGUAUCCAGGAGUUCCCAACCGCAAAUAUUCUAGAUUGGUGUCCUCGGCGUUUAUCUUCGCUGUUCAACAAUCUUGGUCUAGAUACUUCUAUCGACUCUAUUGACAAUCGUCUAGCUAGAUUCCCGAAAGACGGUAUAGAAUCACUAGUCUCGAUAUCAUCUCCAACACCAUCAUCUCCACCUUCUCCUAGGACGAAGAUAAACCCCUUUGCCAUACCACCUCGAAAGUCAUCUAGGAUAUUGAACGAGGCUUUGGCUAGGAAUCUAACGAUUUCGACUAGUAAUCUUUCGCAGUGCCCAGUCUCUACAUAUCCUCCCGAUUCCCCACCUGCGUCGGACGGGGAGGAAGAUUAUGAACCAACCGUAAUACACGGAUCAACAUCAAUCAAGGGUCUAUCUUCACCUAUCGAGUUUACGCCGCGUCCCUCGUCUGACUCUGUUACCCGACCCAGUAGCAAGGUUUUAACUCGUGAUAAAGCCGUUCGGGAAUCGUGGGGUGUGAGAACCCAGGAUCCAGCAUUGAUAUGCAGUACUCAGGGUGAAAUAGCAUGUAUUUCUCAACCACAUAUGGUGCAGAACUCGACAGGCAUAGUUUCCAUAUUGGCAAUGAGCAAACAUGCUAUAUAUAACCACUACAUAAGAGAGCCGUCACUUGACGAUUUUUUCGCUCUCGAUGACGAAGACGUUGCGGAGAGAUUACCUGCCACUCCCAUACCUGAAGCGGAUAUACCGCCAACACCACCUCCGAAGUUUUCGCCGAAGACUCCUAUCGGCAGAAGCUGUUCCACCCGACAUGUGCCGAUCGCCCCUACUACCGUGAUUAAUCCCAUAUCUGGAGAACUUACCCCUCCCCGUACACCUACGGAUUCACAAUUUCUCUCUUUGGCCUAUUCACCCAGUACUACGUCAGCAGUUUCAGGGGCAAUGUGGGCAGCCAACAUCGCCAGAACUUAUAACUUCGACUUGGUGUACAUAGUCGACCUUUGGCCGAAAGCUAAAGAGGAAAGCUCAGAUCUUGAUCAAUCAACUUUUACUCAUUGCCAACACGACGCGGCCAACGCAGACAGCGUUACUACCCAACAUACUAUAACUGCGCAUAAAAAGCCAGGAAUGACUGGCCGAAUACUUGCUGCUUAUGGCCUAAGUGAAUUUGGUUCACCAUUCCGAAUUCAUGCCGAGUUUCAUAGGAAUAUGCUUAGAUGCAGGGGUUGGAAUGAGUACCGCGACGAGCUCGCAUCCCCUGAGAUGAUAUCACGCGGCUGGGCAUGCUCAUUCUAUACCGGCUAUUCCUCAACAGCCCGAAAUGCUAUCGGCGAGAAGCACAUAGCACGGGGUGGAGCUAUGGAUCGCGGUAUAGUCUUUGCGGCGUAUACGAGGAAGACAACAAAGUCGGUAAUACCGGUUAGGUCAUCGCCAAAGCAGACGGCGAUACUCGGCAAGCUACUCUACGACUCACAGAAACUUGUCGAUGUCUUGGUCCAUGGCGAUUGAUUUCGAGCUACAUAAGAGGUAGCUACCUAACUUAUACCUACAUUACCUGGGUAUCAACCUAGGUACCUUAUACGUGUUACAUAUUAAUGAAGAUACCAACAACACAGCAGAGUGAUUUCUAAAUCCAAGACCGUAAUGUCGGAUACGUGCUACGAGGUAUUAAUGAUCCUAGGUGUCUGGGGGUAAUGACAAAUUUUAGGCGCCAUCAUAACGCAUUUGGUUGACCUACAUGGGAGAGACGAAAAAGACAUGAUAUCGCAUAAUUCUAGUGCUUUGUAACAUACGCAUUAUCAUGGAGUGUUAACAUUUUAUUUGCAUUACCAGUCGGUUAUCGUGUUCCAGGGCAAGGAGAUUUGAGGCCAGUACAACAUUCAAAUCGAUACACACAAAAUCUCUCGUCUUGUGAGGCUUAAGAGGUCCAGCCGUGUACGCAUAACUAAGUGGCAUCAAUCAUAAUCUUAGGUAGGUAGGUAGUUAACUAAUCGCUCAUUUAAACGGAUGCCGAAA